GGGGUCACCCUGGGCCGCAGAAACCCGCGGGGGACACCCCAGGAGAUGGUGGUCGAGGUCAGACCCCAGGGAGCAGAGAGAGGGACACUCACUCCCCAGAUCCCGGACCCGCCCCAAACUAGUAGGAAAAGAAGAAGGAAACAUGUCAGGACACAAAUGCAGUUACCCCUGGGACUUGCAGGAUCGGUGUGCUCAGGACCAGUCCGUGGUAAAUAAGAUGCAGCAGAAGUACUGGGAAACGAAACAGGCCUUUAUUAAAGCCACGGGGAAGAAGGAGGAUGAACAUGUUGUGGCCUCUGACGCAGACCUGGAUGCCAAGCUGGAGCUGUUUCACUCAAUUCAGAGAACCUGUUUGGACUUGUCUAAAGCAAUUGUACUCUAUCAAAAGAGAAUAUGUUUCUUGUCUCAAGAAGAAAACGAACUGGGAAAAUUUCUCCGAUCCCAGGGCUUCCAAGAUAAAACCAGAGCAGGAAAAAUGAUGCAAGCGACAGGAAAGGCCCUCUGCUUUUCUUCCCAGCAAAGGUGUGUGGCCUUCCUUGGGGCUCUAUUGGGGGAUCUGCUGAGAAUAUACUUCCUAACUCCCAGCUCCACCACGCUGUACAACUCCAGGUCAGCAACAUGGAUCCCUUGGGCAAGUUACCUAAUGGUUCUGAAGCCCGGUUUCCUUCUCUGUGAAACAGAAACAAAAGUGUGGUGUGGGAGUGUUGUGAGCAUCAAAUGGGUCUGUGCAUGUACGUGGUACACCUACUCGGUACAAGCACAAGUACGUCUUGCCAAAAAAAGCUUUGACAAAUUGAAGAUGGACGUGUGUCAAAAAGUGGAUCUUCUCGGAGCGAGCAGAUGCAAUCUCUUGUCUCAUAUGCUAGCUACAUACCAGACCACUCUGCUUCAUUUUUGGGAGAAAACUUCUCACACUAUGGCAGCCAUCCAUGAGAGCUUCAGAGGUUAUCAGCCAUAUGAAUUCACUACACUGAAGAGUUUACAAGACCCUGUGAAAAAACUGGCUGAGAAGGAAGAAAGGAAGAAGAUUGCCCGGCAGGAGCGCGCCAAGGCCACAGCGGAGGAGCCCAGCCAGUUAAUUUCAUUAGAAGAAGAAAAUCAGCACAAGGAAUCCUCUGAUUUUAAGACUGAAGAAGGAAAGAGUGAUUUCUCUACCUUAGACAAGAGCUCUCCACAUAAUGCAUGCUCAGAUGAACUAGUGAACAUGACACCCAAGGAAGGUGCUUGCCUGGGCCCGAUGGCUGGGAAUCUGGAACCUGAAGGUGCUGACAGAGAUGACAUGCUGCUGCUGAGUGAGAUCUUCAACGCGUCCUCCCUGGACGAGGGCGAAUUCAGCAAGGAGUGGGCUGCUGUGUUUGGAGACGGUCAGCUGAAGGAGCCAGUGCCCACAGUGACCCCAGGAGAGCCAGACCUCAAGCCCCAGACAGGCUCAGGAUUCCUUCCUUCACAGCUUUUAGACCAAAAUAUGAAAGACUUAAAGGCCUCGCUGCAAGAGCCCGCCAAGGCUGCCUCGGACCUGACUGCCUGGUUCAGCCUCUUUGCUGACCUUGACCCCUUGUCAAAUCCUGACGCCGUGGGGAAAACCGAUAAAGAACAUGAAUUGCUCAACGCAUGAGUCGCAGCCUCCGGCAGGGAGCCCGCGCGCUCAUCGCAGCACCCCUGGGGGCUCGCAGGCGGAUCCCGUGAUCAGUACGCGGUUUUACUAUUUCCGUGCCAUUUUAAUAAAGCGAAAGGGUCAAAGGCCCAGUUUCUAUUGGUA